AUGCCUGCACUGGUCUCGAGGACUGCAAGAAGGAGUCCCACGCCCGCAAUGCCGAUAAGCUCAACAGUGAGCGGACUCACGUCAUUAAGGGCGUAUGAGAUCCCAUCCCUGGAGACUUCACCUCAAUUUUCCUCCUGUGAUCUUCUCCUUGAUCUUUCUUCUUCUACAUUUCGCUGCGUCGCAAACAUCAUACAUAUUAGCGCGGUGUUCCUACGUCACACAUACACACACACGUAUUGCCGGCAUUAG